GAGGAGAAGCCUGAGCCGAAGGAGACGAAGCCUGAGGCGGACAGCGGACGAAGCGGAGCCAGCGGACGAAGCAGAGAGCUGACAUGGAAGUCCGGGACCUUUUGGCUUGAAGGCCUUCUCUAUCCAACCGGUCAUGGCACCCUGGUUUUUACCGUGGAUCCCAUGGUCGCAGAUUCCUCGAUGGACGAGGUCAACCCCGAUUUGGGGCUGCCGGCGCCCAAGGCAGCGAGCGAGGACCGGGAGUCCGGAAGGGGGUGGUGGGCCGAGGCGGAGGCGGCACCAGGCUGCCUGGGUGAGUUUGGAGCGACGGAAAAGGACUUGAAGAAGGAAGAUCUG